AUGCCAAAAUUUAGAGGGAAUGGCAGUGGUUCGCUGUCUCUUUCUGAUACUUUAAGGAGGAAAGGAAGCAGCAUUUCUUGCGGAAGUCAAUCCUUGUCUCAAAGAAGACAUCAUCGGUCAUCUUUGGGGUCCGAUAAGAGGAGACCGAUCUCAAGGUCUGCAGCUAAAGGUCUUGCUCCUUUGCUCAGCGCUGACAGCCUAGGAGAAUCAUCUAUGGGAAGUGAGAAUAGUAAUAAUGAGCUUACCACAAAUUUUGGAGAGGUUGAUUUGGAGGCGACGAGUCGGUUGGAUGGAAGGAGGUGGUCUACAGACUACAAGCUGUAG